UCGACAGCUGUGGCUACAAGGGGUCACCGGCCAUGAAUGCUCUCGUGAUUUUGACGGCUUCGCUGGUCGCCAGCGCAUUCGCUGGAAACCUUGGCGGUGGAGCCGGCGUCUUGGGACCGGCUGGAGCAGGGCCCGGAGGCCCGGUGCUCAACGGAGGUGGCGUUGGCCUCGGUCCUGGGCUUGGUGUUGCCGGUGGUGGCCUCGGUGAUGGUCUUGGAGGGGCUCUAGCAGCAGGUCUAGGAGGAGGCCUUGGCGGACCUCUUCGGCGCGGUUCUCGGUGGUGGCGUGGGAGGCUUGGCAGGCCCUCCCGUGUCCACAGGUCCCGUGUCCGUCGGCGCCCCCGUGGCCGUAAGCCGGACAGUGUCCAUACCAGCGCCGGUGGCGACGCCCGUGGCGACAGUAUCUUUCCUGAAGCAGCCCGUGAUACAUCUUAAGUACAUCACGAAGCCAGUAGUGAGCUACGUACGGCAGCCGGUGGCCACCGUCCAUCACGCCAUUAGACCCGUGGUGCAUGUCACACAUGCCGUGGCUGCACCGGCUAUCGCGGCCACUCCAGCUGUGGCUGCUGCACCGGUCGUGCUUGGGGGAUUGGGCGGACCGGCUUUCGUCGGUGGACUUGGUGGCGUCGGCCUAGGAGGUCUUGGAGGAGUGGGCCUGGCGGGUACAGGCCUCGGCGGCGUCGGCCUCGGCAACGCAGGUCUCGGAGGCCUAGGUCUUGGAGGCCUAGGGCUAGGUGGCGGAGGUCUGGGUCUCGGAGGUGGAGUCGGUGGCGUCGGAAAUGGAGUGGUGGUCAAGGCCAAGCAUCUGAAAUCUUAAUAGUCUGCGGAAAGCACAAAUGCAAGUGAUCUGGUCCCGGGUCGGUGCGUUUCGAAAAGACCGGACUGUUGCUGGGUCUUCCGCUGGUCGUGUCGAACAACUUUAGUGAUUCGCUACGGUUAUAAUAACGAAU